GCCAGCGCUGGUAUUUUACUGUGCUUUUGUGUUUUACUCUUCCACCAGCUUUUUGGAGACUGGGAAUCUCAUCUGCGGAGGAUAAUGAAGUUGAUUGCUGGCGGAGGAUUGUCCAUCACGGGAUCCCACAACAUGUGCGGUGACUAUCUGUACAGCGGUCACACCGUCAUAUUAACUCUUACGUACUUAUUUAUCAAAGAGUAUUCCCCGCGGCGCCUCUGGUGGUAUCACUGGCUUUGCUGGGCACUCAGCAUGGUUGGGAUGUUCUGCAUCCUCCUUGCUCAUGACCACUACACUGUGGACGUGGUGGUGGCUUACUACAUCACUACGAGACUUUUCUGGUGGUAUCACACAAUGGCCAACCAGCAAGUGCUAAAAGAAGCUUCCCAAACUAACCUCCUUGCAAGGGUCUGGUGGUACAAGCCCUUCCAGUACUUCGAAAAGAAUGUCCAAGGAAUUGUACCUCGCUCCUACUACUGGCCCUUUCCCUGGCCGGUGCUGCACCGGGGCAGGCAGGUGAAAUACAGCCGCCUGGUGAACGACACGUAACAGCGUGUCCAUGGGCAACACGGGAGGAGAAGGACCUGUCCCAAGUGCUAAGAACUCGGAAUGAGAAGAUGCCAUA